AUGGCUCCUCCCAAGGUCUUUCUAACUGGUGCUACCGGCUAUAUUGGUGGUGAUGGUUUAUAUGCCGUCGCCACCGCUCACCCAGACUGGCAACUGUCAGCUCUGGUCCGUAGCAAGGAGAAGGCCACUCAGGUGUCUAGCAAGUAUCCGCAAAUUCGCAUUGUUCACGGAGAUCUGGACUCCGCCGAUAUCAUCGAAGAGGAAGUCAAAAAUGCCGACAUUGUCUUCAAUUUCGCCGACUGCGACCACGUCGCCGCUGCUCAAGCGAUUGCCAAGGGUGCUCAGCAGCACACCCCAGAGCACCCCCUGUGGCUGAUUCAUACCUCAGGCACAGGUAUCCUGACCGUUGAAGACGGGCGUGCCAACACGAUAGGUAUCGAGCGGCCUAAGGAGUACAAUGACUGGGAAGGAGUGAGCGAGCUCGUCAACCUUCCGGCAGACGCCCUCCACAGGAAUGUCGACGAAAUCAUCAUCACCGCUGGCAAGCAGAAGUCAUCCAGCGUUCACACAGCUAUCGUGUGCCCACCUGUCAUCUAUGGACCUGGUCGAGGUCCUGGAAACACCAAAAGUGUUCAGGCAUACAAGCUGAGUGCCGCUGUUCUCUCUCGUGGUGCGGGUAUCCUGAUUGGGAAGGGCGAGAAUGUCUGGCACGAGGUUCACGUCCAAGAUCUGAGCAACGUCUAUCUGGCCCUGGGAGAUGCCGCUGCCGCUGGAGGUGGUAAAGCCACAUGGAAUGAGGAGGGCUAUUACUUGGCCGAGAAUGGAUCCUUUGUCUGGGGAGAUAUCCAGCGUGAGGUUGCAAAGCAGGCUCAUCUUCAGAAGUUCAUUGACUCGCCUAGCGUGGACGAGCUGGAUAUCGAUGAAGCCAAGAAGAUCCACCCAUAUGGGCACUAUCUGUGGGGCACCAAUUCUCGGGGACGUGCAAUUCGCGCCCGUAAACUUUUGGGGUGGAAUCCCCAGAAGCCGAGAUUGAUUGAUUUGAUUCCUGAGAUUGUUGCGCUUGAGGCAGAGGAUCUCGGUCUGCGUUAA